GCUCGUUUUCCUGAUUCAAUUUUGGAACUUUGACAAGAUGUCCAGUGCAGCAGCAGCAAAGCCCAUUCUCUACUCGUACUUUCGCAGCUCGUGCUCGUGGCGCGUUCGCAUCGCACUCGCACUCAAGGGCAUUGCGUAUGAAUACCGUGCCAUCAGUCUGAUCAAGGACGGUGGCGAACAGUUCAAGGACGAGUUCCGCUCAGUCAAUCCGCAGCGCGAAGUCCCGGUGCUUGAGAUCGACGGCCAUCAGCUGGCACAGUCGCUCGCCAUCAUCGAGUAUCUCGAGGAGACUCGCCCUGAUGGGGCCUCUUUGUUGCCCAAGGAUGCUCACCAACGCGCUCUGGUUCGCCAAGUCUCUGACGCUAUUGCACAGGGCAUUCAGCCCAUCCAAAACCUCCGUGUUCUCAACCAUGUCGGCGAUGAAAAGAAGGUCGAGUGGGCUCGCCAUUGGAUCAACCAUGGCCUAGCUGGCUUGGAGGCUCUGCUGGCCAAGACCCACGGAAAAUAUUCCGUUGGUGACACUGUGACCAUGGCUGACUGCACUUUGGUGCCACAACUGUACAAUGCCCGUCGAUUCAAGGUCGAUCUCUCUCAGUUCCCCAUCGCGCUUGCGAUCGAGAACGAAUUGAUCAAACUUGACGCGUUCAAGGCGGCUCACCCUUCGGCCCAGCCCGACUGCCCGGAAAGCGAGCGCGGCACGCAAUAAUCCAAUUAGCCAAGCCGUGACCCCAAUGUCUUGUGAUGCCUUUGUAUGUUGUGUGUGCUCUGUAUGCUGGUACCGGCAGUUGCGCAUCUCUAAUAGACGAGGAAGGUGUAACACGGUCCAGACUCGCAAUGCCGCUCCAAUUUCAACGA